GACAGCAACAACAACGUGGAGGCCAUUUUGCAUUGAAGAUCGAAGUUUUCACGGCCAAGUCUGAUACAACUACUUUUAUUUACAUAUUAUCACAGACACAGAUACGAAAAUGACGACAGUCAGGCGAGUGACGCAUGCUCACCAGGAGCAGAUGCGCCAACAGAAAAGAAGGCAAGAAGAAUUUAGGGAAGACACAAUAAAGAACCUUGGACACGAAAAACUCUUGCAAGCUAACAUGGAUAGUGAAGACAAAGUAGAAGAUAAACGAUUUAUCAGAAGGAUGCAGCUAGAACAGAAAGAAAGAGAAAUGAAUGAAGCAAUUGAAAAAGCAGAAAGAGACAGAAUACUUAAAGCACGUCAGUUAGACCAAGAAGAAAGGAUGGCAUUGGAGUUGGAAAGAAUAAAAUUGGAAUCCUUAAGAGAUGAAAAGAUGAGACAACAAAUUAGAGAAAACAGUCUGGAGUUAAGAGAAUUAGAGGCAAAACUAAAGAAUGCAUAUAUGAACAAAGAAAGAACAGCACAGAUAGCAGAAAAAGAAGCACUGAAGUAUGACAAAAUGGCUCGUGAUUCUGAGAUUGCACGUAAAAUGAAGGAAGAGCACCAACGUGCUGCAGAUGCUGAGUACCAAAGAGAAGUAGAGAGAUACCAAGAACAAGUGCGUUAUCAGCAGGAGCUAGAGAGACAAUUAGAGGAGCAAGAAAUCAAGAAACAACAAGCCUAUGAAGAGUUCCUAAAGGAGAAACUGAUGAUUGAUGAGAUUGUCAGGAAGAUUUAUGAUGAGGAUGAAAGAGAGAGGCAGAUGCAUUAUGAGAAGCAACGAGCAACACAGGCUUAUAUUGAAGAAUUCAUGAAAGCUCGUCAUGAAUGGAAAAUAUUGGAGAAGGAAAGAAUGGAGGAAGAGAACAAGAAGAUUAUGGCAUUUGCCAAUCUACAACAGCAGAGAGAGGAGGCAAGGCAGGAGGAGAAGAAACAGAGGGAAGAGGCUAUGGCUAAAGUACAGGCUAAGCUGGCUAACCAAAUCGCAGAAGAAGAACGUCUGCGUGAUGAAAUGGAAAGAGUUCGGGAAGAACUGUACUUCGAAGAGCAAGAAGAAGCAGAAAGACAAAAAGAAAAGGCUGCGAUUGAGCGACAACUGCGUGAAAGACUGGAGCUUCAGAGACAACACGCUGAGCAGAUGAGGUACAAAGCCAUGCGUCAGCAGGCAGAGAAAGAGGAAGAAGAUGAGUUCAGAAGACAGAUGUUGGCCAAAUUUGCAGAGGAUGACCGAAUAGAGCAGAUGAAUGCUCAGAAACGUCGCAUGAAGCAGUUAGAACACAAGCGUGCUGUAGAACAGUUGAUUGAGGACAGAAGGAAGCAGUUCUCAGCAGACAGAGAAAGGGAAUUGGAAGAGCGCAGGUUGGAGGAACAGAUGGAGGCAUUCCGCAAACAGAUCAUCGAGGAGGAGAGACAGAAGUUGUUGCGAGAGCAUGCCAUACGUUUACUGGGCUACCUGCCAAAGGGUGUCAUCAGAGAUACAGGUGACUUGGCCAUGCUGGGCUCAGAUUUCCAGGAGCAGUACAAGAAACGCCAGAUUGACCCAUUUGAUGAUGAGGCAUGGGAGGCUGGGGCAGGGUCUCAGUCUAGGAAGUAAUCUUUCAUUUCCUCUGUUUUCUGAUAGUCUGUGAUCUGGAACAUUCCUCAGAUGUCAUGACAUUGGGACUGGUUAUUAUGGAAUAAGUUGUUACAGAGACAGCACCAGUUCUAAUUACAAGGUGUAAUGUCUUUGGAUAUCUGGCAUGUUCAAUGUGAAUUUAGCUUGCCCUAUGAUAGGGAUGUGCAUGGUAUUGGUCUGUCCAUUGUAAGAGUAUGGUAAAGAUUUAUACACAAGAAACAUUUGUUUUUAUACUGCUACCCGUCCAAGAGAUAAACAGCCAGAUUUGUAUUGAAUCCCAAAUGAAUAUUUAUACAGUUGUAAAUAAAUUGUUUAUUAUGAUUCGUAUUGGUGGGUAAAAUUGAUCAGAUAUUUGCUCCGUGAAAAAAAAUCCUUUAAUGAUUGUCCAGUAAGCAUUGUAUAUUUUGUAUAAAAACCGUGAGUAAA